AGAGGAGCAGCAAGAAGCAAUCGCCAAGCGGAGGAGCAAGCAAGGAGCAGCAAGCAGCCCAGAGUUGAACCAAAAUACUUUGACGCUUUGCUAGACUAGCAAGAUAAUUCAGUGGAAUUCAUUGCUCUUUGCCAACGUUGCUUACAAAACUAUUAUUGCGACAUUUCAAUAAGCAGCUGGUCCAAGAAGUGUCAAAGAUGGAAACUCCCAUGGCUCUUUCAGACAAGAUAAACGAGUGGCUUGAAUGGGACAAGAAUGAGAAAACUCGAUUGGAGGUGAAAAAAUUGAUGUCCUCCGGUGAUAAUGAGAAGCUCCAAAAGCUGCUCAUGUCGCGAAUGGAAUUUGGCACUGCAGGACUUCGAGGCAGGAUGGGCACAGGCUACUCCCAAAUGAAUGAUUUAGUCAUCAUUCAAACCAGCCAAGGGCUUGCCUCAUACCUCAGGUCAUGCAAUGACAAGUCAACCACACAAGGAGUUGUUAUUGGUUUUGAUGGGCGGCACAACAGCAGGAGAUUUGCGGAACUAUCAGCUGUCGCGUUUUUGCAAAAAGACAUCCCUGUGUAUUUGUACUCCCAUUUGUGUCCAACACCAUUCGUCCCAUUUGCUGUGGACCUGUUUGGAUGUGCUGCAGGCGUGAUGGUCACUGCAUCUCAUAACCCGAAAGAUGAUAACGGCUACAAAGUUUACUGGGGAAAUGGCGCACAGAUCAUAUCUCCGCAUGAUAAAAACAUCCAAGCUAGUAUUUUGAAUAACCUCGCUCCUUGGGCUAAAGCCUGGGACACAAAUUUCCUGGAGAAACACGCUGAUCUUCAAGACCCCCUUCCAAAGGUCAUGAAAGAAUAUUACUCCAUUCUGUCAGAGAGCGUUCUGGACCAUCACUGCAAUGAAUCCAGCUCUACAAAAAUUGUUUACACUGCCAUGCACGGUGUUGGCUACACUUACAUGGUUGAGGCGUUCAAAGUUGCAGGAUUUAAGCCAUUUGUAUCAGUGAAAGAGCAACAGGAUCCAGAUCCUGAAUUUUCCACUGUAGAUUUCCCAAACCCAGAAGAGGGCCAGAGCGCGCUUGACUUGGCAUUGCAAACUGCUGACAGGGAAGGAUGCUCUUUGAUCCUUGCAAAUGACCCUGACUCUGACCGCCUGGCUGCUGCAGAACAAGGUCCAGGUGGUGAGUGGCAUGUAUUCAGUGGAAAUGAACUUGGCGCUCUGUUGGGCUGGUGGAUCUUGCAUAGCUACCGCAAAAAGAACCCUACUGCUGAUUUGUCCAACGCCUACAUGCUAGCCAGCACUGUCUCCUCAAAACUGUUGAGGUCCAUGGGAAAGAAAGAGGGAUUCAACUUUAUUGAAACCUUAACUGGUUUCAAGUGGAUGGGUAACAAGUCAAGGGAGCUUGAAUCUCAGGGACGCACUGUUCUCUUUGCCUAUGAGGAAGCCAUUGGAUUCAUGUGCGGAACCUCAGUUGUUGACAAGGAUGGGAUUUCAGCUGCUGUCAGAGUUGCUGAGCUGAUUGCUUAUCUUGACCAGGAAGGAUCCACCCUUUUGAAGAAGUUGAACGACAUUUACACAGAAUAUGGCUAUCAUAUCAGCCUAAACUCCUAUUACUUAUGCUAUGAGCCACCAACUAUAAAGAAGCUGUUUGAUCAGCUUCGUACCAUUGGUGGAAAAACUAAUUCUUAUCCUGACUCCAUUCUUGAUGGAAAGUACAAAGUGGUCAGCGUCCGUGACUUGACCACGGGCUAUGACACCAGUCAGCCUGGUAACAAGGCCAUCUUACCAGUUUCCCGCUCCAGUCAAAUGAUAACUUUCGAAUUUGAAAAUGGCUUGGUCGCUACUCUCCGAACCAGUGGAACAGAGCCAAAGAUAAAGUACUAUACUGAAUUGUGCGCCUCUCCGCAACAACAGGACAAGGAGAAACUCCACAAAAUCCUGCGCGAGAUGGUUGAUGCUAUUUGCACAGAAUUCCUGAAGCCAGAAGCGUUUGGUUUGAAAGCUAGACCAACCUAAGGUACUCAAUUUUACAAGCCAGUCAUCAACAAGGUUAAUCUUGUUCUAAUAACCAGACUAUGAAUUACAUUAGUCUAGUCUACUUUUUGGCUUUGCAAAAUCAUGUUUUACUGUGAAGUGUUUUACAAAAAUUCAGUUUUAGACAGUAAGUUUAGAACCAUUCCGUUAAUCAUUAAUUUGUGAUCAGAUAAAUACAAAUUAGGAUAGCGUGGCCUUUGAUAUUUACAAAUUAAACUGAUUUUUUACUUAUAUUAUUGGCUUAAUUUAACUGUGAAUUGAUAAAUGUGGUAAUGUAAUCUAAAAAUAAAUUAAUAUAAAGUUCAA